AUGGCGAGCUUGACCGAGCAUUUACCCUCCUCUGCAUCGGCCAUACCGACAUCCGCCGUGGCGACUGGGUCUGCAUCGUCUGCUGCCGCACCCACGAGUUCUGGUGCCGUUGUGACCUCUUCAACGGUCGGGAGCUCUACGGUCGCGACAACCACUGCACCUUCAGUGUCAGCGACAACCACCAAACAGCUCCCGACCGCAGUUGACUCUACCGAUGAUGGAGGUGACUCGACCACCGCCUCGAGUACCGUUCACAGCACGAGUCUGUCGUCGACAAGCGGCUCGAGCACGAGGGUGCUGGGACCGAUUUCAACGUUGGGCGCCCCACCGACCAACACUGGAGCUGCGGCACCCAGCAACGGCGGAUCAAGCGUCAACGUCGGCGCUCUAGUAGGCGGUAUCCUUGGUGGAGUCGCCGGUGUCGCACUACUCCUUGUGGCGCUGUGGUGGUAUCUCAAGAAGAAGCAGGCCGAGGAUGACGACCUUUACUUUGCUAGCGGGGGCAUCGACUCUGGUCCGUUUGGCGAUGGCGGCACCGGCGGGAGACGACUCGACCGCAGCUCGAUAUACCAAGACGACGGACCGUGGGCGGGAAGCAAGGCUAGUCACGACACUGGACGCUCGAGUCCUCUGCCCCCUGGAACCGACCCAGAUGCUGUUGCACUUAUUGGUCUUCAGAGCAACGACCCGUACGCACAGCCCCGGGGCGGGGGAUACGGAGGAGGCUACGGUGGUGGCUAUCCUCCGCCACAACGGUGGGACGUGGAGCGCGGCAUGUCAAGCCCAAGCCCACAGCUACUCGAUCCGUCUUCUUCUCGCCCUGGCUCGAAUCCGUCUCCGGUUCCCAAGGACUACACAAAUAUCAUGCACGACUCCGAUGUCCACGGCGGCGCAAACUUCGCACCGGCGGUGGCGGCAAAGCCACAGCCCUACCACAACCCCUGGGAGGCGUCGUCGGCAGCAACCGGUGCAUCAUUCCGCGCCCCCGACACGCUCAGUACGCACCACAGCAUCCCCGGCGGACCAGGUCUCACGACGCAAUUUACUAUCAGAUCAUACGACGCGCGGGCAGGCGUAGGCAAGCUUGCGGCAGCGGUCGGAGCGGGAGGUGGAGGUGCCGCCGGAGGCGACUCCACCAAACACGCAACCUCCACCACCUUGGCGUUGCCGCCCAAGUCGUCGCCCACCCCGCCGCCCAUGUACCAGCCCUCAACGUCGCUCACCGCCCCCGUGCUUGUCGACUUUAAGCUUAGCCCCAUCGUCGAGCACCCACCAGCUGGGAGGCCGUGGUGA